GGCUGUCGGAGUGCAAAGUGUCAAGUGUCCCCUUUCUGUCGCUUGUCCGGUUCAUUUCGUGAUUGAGUUGUGUUUUGUUUUAAAGUUGAAACUGUACAGUAACAGCGCUAAAGCCAUGUCUGUGUUUAGCGAGGUUCCCCAAGCGGCACCCGUAGCCGUGUUUAAACUAACACAGGACUUCAAUAACGACCAGUUUCCACACAAAGUCAACCUCGGCGUUGGGGCCUACCGCACAGAUGAAGGCAAGCCGUGGGUUUUGCCGGUGGUGAAAAAGGUGGAAAUGAUCAUCGCCGAUGACGACAAGCUCAACCACGAGUACCUGCCCAUACUGGGUUUGCCCGAGUUCAGGUCCUCGGCGUCCGAGAUUGCGCUGGGAUACGACAGCCCUGCUAUCCUGGAGAACAGGGUGGGGGCGGUUCAAUGUCUGGGCGGCACCGGUGCACUAAAGAUGGGAGCAGAGUUCCUCAGACGUUUCUACAACGGAAGCAACAACACAAAGACACCAGUCUAUGUGUCUGCGCCGACCUGGGAAAAUCACAACGGCGUGUUUACCAACAGCGGCUUCGAUAAUGUCCGUCCCUACAAGUACUGGGAUGCAGAAAAGAGAGGCCUAGAUCUGACUGGUUUCCUUGGUGACUUGGAGAGCUGUCCAGAGCGUUCCAUCUUCGUCCUGCACGCUUGUGCCCACAAUCCAACUGGCACAGACCCUACACAGGAGCAGUGGAAGCAGAUUGCUGAAGUUAUGAUGAGAAGAAAGCUGUUUGUGUUCUUUGACUCGGCUUAUCAAGGAUUCGCUUCGGGCAGUCUGGAUAAAGAUGCCUGGGCCGUCCGGUUUUUCGUCUCUAUGGGCUUUGAAAUGUUCUGCGCCCAGUCGUUCUCCAAGAACUUUGGCCUCUAUAACGAACGUGUUGGCAACCUGACCGUGGUGGCUCGCGAUGCUGACAACCUGAAGAGAAUUCUGUCCCAAAUGGAGAAGAUUGUGCGGACAACCUGGUCCAACCCGCCGACUCAGGGGGCUCGCAUCGUGGCCGUCACCCUGAACUCGCCCGAGCUCUUUGUCGAAUGGAAAGAAAACGUGAAGACCAUGGCUGACAGAGUAUUGUUGAUGAGAGCCCAGCUGAAAGCCAAGCUCCAGGCUCUGGGGACGCCAGGAACCUGGGACCACAUAACAGAGCAAAUCGGCAUGUUCAGCUUCACCGGACUCAACCCCAGACAAGUGGAACACAUGGUGAAGGAGAAACACAUUUACCUGAUGGCCAGCGGACGCAUCAACAUGUGCGGCUUGACCAGCAAGAACAUCAACUACGUGGCCGAGUCCAUCCACGAGGCUGUCACCAAAGUCCAAUAGGAGACUCUGCUCAUCCACACAAGACACACGAGUACUGUACCGUAUCUAAAUGCGUUAAGGCAGGGGUGGGCAACCUGCAGCUUAAUGGCUAUAUUACGGCCAAUGUGGACCGUGCAACACCGCACAAUUUUUAAAUCAUGUAAAAUAUUGCAAGAAUAGUUGUAAAACUCCCCAAAACAUUUAACAUUCAAAUGCUCAUUAUAUAGGGUAGAGUCUACACAGAGAUCAGAAAAUCAUGACAUUUAAACAGUGGGGUGUAGCUAUUUUAUAGCCACUGUAUAGUGAACAUUUUAUUAUGGACCUUUUUAUCAAAAGACAGAACUUUGCAGUAAUCGCCCCUGAAACUAAUUGUUUGUUUAGAGUGGGCAUUGUAAGGUUAUGGAAUUACGAAUUUGUUUUUUUAAAUUUCAUAUCAUAUUACUGCUGAGAAAUUACCAGUCAGAGGUUACUACAUUCCUAGUGUCACAAUUUGAUUCUUGGCAAUUUAAAACCAGUUCAUUGAACACAGUAGCUGUAUCACUGGCUUAAAUUAAGCAGCAGUAUUACAGCGCAAACCGCUUAACUGUCCGUUUUAAUCUAAACGGGAACAUUGUAAUUAAGAAAAAUAUAUAAAUAAAUAAAUAAGUCACGCUGCUUCGAACAAGACUUGAAAUUUGUGAUAAACAAUAAACACUAUAUGGAAGUGUUUAAUUUGGCGUUAAAAUCAAGCUUGAAAUGAAGCAAUUUUCUCCUUAUGAGGAAGUCUUACCACAUGAAGUUGUACUAGUUGAGUUGCCUCCUGACAGAUUUGUUAGAGCGCUGACUUAAUUCACUGUGUUUUUAUCUCUUACACAAAAUGAAAAUGUCUCACCGCAGGGUACAGUAUUCCAACCUUGUAUCAUGGGAGCUUUUAACACAAACACAAGACACUAGUCUCCAUCGUGUUUAGUCUUAACGUGCACAUGAAUUCAAGCUAUGAAAAUUCUCAAUAGAAACUCUAAUAAAUUGGUUGAAAUCA